CUGGGCUGUGAUUGGCUAGUACUCGGCGUGACGUCACGUAACCCGGAUGAAGAAUCAGCCAGAACGAGGUCUCUUCACACAUGUGUUUCUUCCUUCGAGUUAAAGAAAUCAGAUUAAGAAGCCAUGACGUCGUUGGCCCAGCAGCUGAAGAGGCUCGCGCUGCCUCAGAGCGACCCCAACCUGCUGACACGCAGAGAGGUCGCCUCGCUGCUCUUUGACCCCAAAGAUGCAGCGUCCAUGGACAGAAGCACCUUCUACGCCCUCGGCUGCACCGGGCUUGAGGAGCUGCUGGGAAUCGAACCUGCGUUCCUGGAGUUCCAGGACACGCUGUUCAGCCGGGCCUCGCUGACCCUGGAGCGCAGCGUUCAGUCCAAAGAGGUCAACGAGAAGCUGGACGCCGGCGUCUCGCUGUUCCUCGCCCGCCUCUGCCCGUACUUCCUCCUCAAACCGGCGCACAAGUGCAUCGAGUGGCUGCUCCACCGCUUCCACAUCCAGCUGUAUAACAGCGAGAGCCUGCUGGCGUGCGCCCUGCCGUACCACGACACCAACGUCUUCGUCCGAGUCGUGCAGCUCCUCCGCAUCAAAGACGCCACCAACCGCUGGAACUGGCUGCAAGGACUGCAGAAACCAGGCGUGCCGUUGUCCAGAGGAACCCUGAUCACCCACUGCCACUCAGACCUGAGCUUCAUGGACUUCAUCUGCUCACUGGUCACCAAGUCCAUCCAGGCGUACGCGGGCCACUCAGGAAGUUGCUCCCAGCUCCGAGUGAUCUUCUCCUUCUACGCCUCCACCAUCGUGGCCGCCCUGGACGCCGUGGACGCCGUGUCCGACACCAUCAUCGCCAAACUGCUGCCCUACGUCAACAAGGGUCUGAAGUCGGCGCUGACGGACUACAAAGCCGCCACCUACAUGAUCGUGUGCCAGCUGGCGGUGAAGGUGGUGAUGGAGGCGAGUCUGGUCGACACUCUGGCCGCCCACGUCGCCAAGUCUCUGCUCCGAGCGCCCGUGUUGGCCAGGGAGGGCGUGGGCUGCCUCACCGUGCUGCUGCAGAACCAGAAGGAGGGCGCUGCCGGGCCCAGAGCGUUUGAGCGUCUGGGUUCAAUGCCGGCGUUGGCGUCGACACUGCAGGCGAUGGCGGUGGCACAUGAUGUCACUCCUCUGCUGCGCUACCUGCUGCCUCACCUGAUCCACGCCGCCUUCACCUGCAGCUCAGGUGAGCAGCAGACGGAGGAUCUGGCCGUGUUGGAGUCAGUGCUGCAGUGCGUCCCUCUGACCGGCGGUCUGGACCGGACCGUUGCUCGUUUGCUGCUGGACGAGUACCUGAGUCAGACUCAGCUCUCAGCUGACGACAUGUCGGCAUCGGACCGCCGGCUGCUGCCUCUGGUGCGCCUGCUGGAGGCCAGGUACUGCGCCGCUCUGGACGCCGUCCUCGCCGCUCACGUCAGCAGCAGCGAGCAGAAACAUCUCUUCCACCGCUUCCUCUCUCUGUCCACGAGCAGCGGGAAAUACCAGAUAAUGGGCGACUCAGACACGUCUCUGCUCCUGAGCCUGAAACACCCGCAGCCGUCGGUUCGAGUCUCGGCCCUGGAGCACCUGAUGGACGCCACCGCCUCCGGACAGCAGCAGAGUCUGGACGAGAGCUUCCUGAAGGACGCCGUCCUGGAGCGCCUGCGGGACGACGUGCUGGAGGUCGUGGCCGCCGCGCUCAGAGUCCUGGAGGUGCUGUUGGAUGUGUUGGACCCCGAGGACGCCGUGUCGUCUUUACUGUCCCUGCUGCACCGCGUCGAUCUGUCAGCCGACGAGCAAUGGCUGCCGGUGCUGAAGGAGGCGGUGCGUUUGCUGUCCGACCCGCGGCUGGGAAAAGGGGACGUCGACCUGCUGCAGAGAACGGGCUGGAGCCUUCUGCCCUUCCUGGCGAUCACCUCCGUCUCGCAGCUCCGCCUCGCCGCCUGCAUCGCCAAAUCCUCCGUUAUCGCCCAACACCCGCUCACCCAGAACUGGGCUCAAGAGCUGGACGAGGUGACGGAGAAGAGCUCUGAACCCGACUUCGUAGGUUUGGCCAACGAGCGUCUGGUCUCCACGGUGACCACGAACCUGGCGAGCAUGGAGCACUUCUCCAGGCGGGACGCCCUGGAGCAGCUGUGUGUGUCGGUGGAGCAGCAGCAGCGCGGCGAGGGCCUCACGGCGAGGGUUUCCUUCCUGGUUCUGACCCGGUCUCUGCUGCUGGGCCUGGGCCAGCUGAGCGAGACGCAGCACCUGCUGACGGCUCAGAGGGUCUACACGCUGCUGGAGACGCCGCUGCUGGACGCCAUCAGGGACGCCACCGCCACCGCCGACGCUCAGGAAGUGGAGUGCCGUGGCUCCGCCCCCUUGUCCUUCUCUGCAGCUCUGGCUCAGUUCCUGCAGCAGCCGGACCGAACGUUCAGCGGCGUCCUCAUCUCUCUGCUCGGAGACUUCAUCUGCUCGCUCCGCUGCCAUGACAACUCCUUCAAAGGUGAGGCGUGGUGGAACCCAGAGAAGCUGGACACUAACACCUGCUGUUACCUGGGGCUCACCUGUCGCCUCUUCAGCCUCAUCAUGAGCGGCGCCGCCGAGGGGCCGGUUGCCGCCAGCUUCAGAGACCUAAUGAAGCUGCUCAUACAGGUUCACCUGCCCGAGCCGGCUAUGCUCUUCCGCUUCCUGUGCCUGCUGUGGGGAUACGGCAGUAACCAUGGAGACCAGCUGGACGUGAAGGUGGGCGCCGUCCUGCAGACUCAGGCGCUGUACAUGGGCGGAGCUCUGCUGAACGCCACGCCACCCGCCCUGAUGCAGGAGCUGCUCGCAGCCCACUCACCUGUGUUCCCGUCGUUGCUCUGCUGUCUCACGUCUCCGCUCCGUGAGGUCCGGAGGGCGGGCCUUGCUGCUCUGCAGAGCCUAUCAGCAGCCGGUGCGUCUCCCUUCCAGCCAAUCACAGAGAGGCUCCUGAAGACGUCCGAGGAGAUCCUGGCAGACCCGUCCUACCUGAGCCAGGCUCUCGGCGGUCUCCAUGACGACGUAGUUUCGGCCAGAGUGAAGUCCCAGCAGCAGAAGAAGCUGGAGGCGUCGCUGCAUCUUCUUCUGCAGAGCGUGCAGACGCCGUGCUGCCCAUCGUACAGCGCCGGAGGCCUACUGCGAGCUCUCAGCCUCGUCAACGGACCGAGCGUCCUGUCCCGCCUGCUGCCCGUUCUGGACCGGCUGCUGGAGCAGAGUGGUCCUGACGCCCCCUCCCUGCUGCGGGCCGAGGCCCAGCUCGUGCAGCUGAUCCUGGGGAAGUUCAGCGAGGCUUCGGCGCCGCUGCUGGCCGAGGACCACAACUGUUUGGAUCUGUUCGUCAGAGCGCUGAGGAGCUCGGCUCAGCCGCACGCAGACAUCCCCAGCUGCCAGAUCACCGCCCUGGAACAGAUGACGAAGCCGUUGUUUUCGGCGCUCGGCGACACGGCGGCGGUGCAGCAGAAGCUGCUGGCGGUGAUGUUCGACGUGUUGGUGGAGAGCCGGAGUCCUCUGGUGGCCAACACCGUCAGCAGCGCCUUCAAAGGGAUCGCGGUGGACGCCCAGCUGGUGGCCAAUGAGCUCGCUCCGCCGGAGAAACCCAAAGUGAGCGUGACGGUGCAGCAGAGCCGCCGCAGCCGGAUGACUCAGAGAAAGCCUCAGGAGGCGGCCGGCGGUGAUGGCGGUGGCGGUGGCGGCCCAGACGGCGGCGCCGUGCCGUGGCGGAGAGUCACUCUGAUCCUGGAGCUGCUGCAGCACAAGAAGAAGCUGCAGAGAGCGCAGACGCUGGUACCUGCUCUGUUCUCGCUGCUCGCCAGGUCUCUGGAGGUGUGUCCUGGUGAUCACACCAACAUGGAGUACACCAAGCAGCUGCUGCUCAGCUGUCUGCUCAACGUCCUGCACAAGCUGAGUCCAGACGGCAGCGCCGUGGCAACCGACGUGCUGGAUGAGGAGAAGUUCAGCGUGGAGCUGGUGGUUCAGGUCAUCAGAGCGUCCGACAUGCCGCAGACGCAUCACCACGCUCUGCUGCUGCUCGGCGCCGCCGCCGCCAUCUUCCCCGAGAAAGUUCUUCACAACAUCAUGCCGAUCUUCACCUUCAUGGGCGCCAACAUCAUGCGUCUGGACGACGCCUACAGCUUCCGGGUCAUCGACCGGACCGUGCAGAUGGUCAUUCCUGCUCUGAUCCAGGCCCAGCAGCUGUCUGACGGUAGUGCUUCGUCUCCCCUUGUUGCCGUGGUGACGCGGAUCAUGCACGUGUUUGCCGACGCUCUCCCCCACGUACCGGAGCACCGGCGGCUGCCCAUCCUCCGUCAGCUGGUGACCACGCUGGGUCCCGCCCACUUCCUCUGGGUUCUGAUGCUGCUGCUGUUCAAGCUGCACGCCACUCAGAGCGCCGCACAGAGCGCCGCCAGUGACAAGGAUGAAGCUCUGGAGAAAGACGUGGACUUCUGGAUUUCUCUCUGCUGUGAGUUCUCGGUAAACGAUCAGCUGACCUCCAUCAUCAACAUCCUCAACUUCCUCCUGCAGCUGCCGGACGACAGCGACGAUGCUCCCGUGCAGCGCUCCGUGGGCCGCCGUGGAGCCCCAAAGAGGAAGAAGAGUCCGGAGGAGGAAGUGCUGGACCUGAUCUUCAGUCCGGAGGCUCACAGCAGCAAAGAGCUGAGACACUUCAAGUUCCUCUCGGUCUGCUUCAUGGCCCAGCUGCUCGGAUCCAGCAGCUUCAUCGGGAAGGUUUCAGACCGAGGAGACGUGGAGGACGAGUCUCUGCAGUCUCUGCAGCAAAGGCUGCUGGAGGAGAUCCUUCGCUACGUCCACAGCGUUGCUCGCUGCGUUGAGAACAGCGCCGACAAACCCACCGCCAAGUUCUGGAGGGUUCUGCUCAACAAAACCUACGAUGUUCUGGAUAAGGUGAACUCCCUGUUGCCCACGGAUACCUUCAUCACGGUGAUGAGGGGGCUGAUGGGUAACGAUCUGCCGUCGGUGCGGAGGAAAGCCAUGGAGCUGCUCAACAACAAACUGACGCAGCGCACGCCGUGGGACGACUCGCAGGUCUCCGUGCUGCUGCAGCUGACCGACGACCUGCUGAGCAUUGUGGGUAAACGCGGCGGUGCGGAUGCGGAGCCUGCGAUCAACCGGCAGACGGCGCUGUACAGCCUGAAGCUGCUGUGCCGCGGCGUGGGCUCCCAGCGCCGCGACGCCUUCGGCCCCGUGCUGCUGCGGGCCGUCGACAUCGUCGCCGCGGGAGACGAGGACAGGAACGUGACGGGCAGCGCGCUGCUCUGCGUCGCCGAGCUGGUCGGCACGCUCAAGGCCCUCGCCAUCCCACAGUUACCAAGGUUGAUGCCGGCGGUGCUGCAGGCCCUGACAGACAGGAAGGAGCUGCUGACCAAUGAGAUCUACCUGCUGAGCGCCGUCACGGCGCUGCAGCGCGUCACCGAGACGCUUCCCCACUUCAUCAGCCCGUACCUGGACGACGUCACCCAGCAGGUGUGUCGGCUGACCCGUUUCGUGGCGUCUCCGUCUCCGUCCUCGGCGGCGUCCCAGCUGGCGGUGCGUCUGGCGUCCCUCCGGAGCACGCUGGCCACAGCGCUGCCCCCCCGCGUCCUGCUGCCCACCGUCGCCCGCUGCUACAGCAGCAUGGUGCUCGACAGGAAGGAACAGCUGGCGGCGCUGCUGGGCGUCCUGAAGCAGCACAUUGGUCAGAUGGAGAAAGAGCCGCUCAGCUUCCACCAAUCAGAGCUCACGUCCUUCUUCCUCAGCGCGCUGGACUUCAGAGCCCAACACUGCCAGGGCGAUCUGAAGAAGACGGCGGAGAUUGAAGGCUGCGUGAUCGACUGUCUGAUCGCCAUGGUGAUGAAACUGUCCGAGGUCACGUUCAGGCCGCUCUUCUUCAAGCUGUUGGACUGGAGUAAGUCGGGCAGCACCGAGCGUCUGCUGACUUUCUACCGCCUGUCGGACUUCAUCGCCGAGAGACUCAAAGGACUCUUCGUGCUGUUUGCAGGAAACCUGGUGAAACCGUUCGCCGACCUGCUGCGCCAGACCAACGGCUCCCAGACCGAUGCGUUGUUGUUUGAGUCGUGUGGUGAGGAGAAGGUCAGUCUGCUGCUCAGCUUCGUCCUCGACUGUCUCCAGAAGAUCUUCCUCUUCGACACGCAGAGAUUCCUGAGCAGAGAGAGAGCAGACGCUCUGCUGACCCCCCUGGUAGACCAGCUGGAGAACAGUGUGGGAGGACAGCAGGCGUAUGAGCAGAGGGUGACCCAGCACCUGGUUCCCUGUGUGGGUCAGUUCUCGGUGGCGCUGGCCGACGACGCUCUGUGGAAAACUCUCAACUACCAGAUCCUCCUGAAGACCCGGCACGCCGACUCCAAGGUGCGUUUCUCAGCGCUGGUGAUGCUGAUGGAGCUGGCCUCCAAACUGAAGGAGAACUACAUGGUGCUGCUGCCAGAAACCAUCCCCUUCCUCGCUGAACUGAUGGAGGAUGAGUGUGAGGAGGUGGAGCAGCAGGUCCAGAAGGUGGUUCAGGAAAUGGAAAACAUCCUCGGAGAACCGCUGCAGAGCUACUUCUAACAGACACACAUACACACACACACACACACACACACACACACACACACACACACACACACACGCACACACACAGAGACACAGACACACAGACACACACACACACACGCACACACACAGAGACACACACACACACACACACACGCAUUUCUUUCUGUGAUCUGAUGUGAAAUUUGUACUUUUGUGCAAAAAAUAAAUAUUUUUUUGUCAAAGCU